AUGGGCCUGAAGACGUACCUGGUGGAGGUGGAGAGCAUUCGCAGGGCCAACAUUCAAUCGAGGAUUUUCUUGCAGUUGUUGGAAAAAUACCGUCGUUAUCGCAAUCGAUGCCGCGAGUUGCACGAACGGUUGAGGUCAGAUCCCCGUAACCAGGCUUUGGGUGAGGAAUUGGAGAAGAGGGAUCGGGAGUUGCUGCAGACAAUCCGCAGCAAGAGUGAGCUUGAGGAACAACUUCGCCUCAAAGAUGAGGAACUUGAAGUGGGUAGGGGAGUUGCAGCUGAGUGUGAAUAUCUACAGGACAAGUUGAGGUCAACACAGUUGGAGAUGGAACAAAGCCGGAUCAGGAUCGAGGAGAUGGGCGCUGAGUGGAGAGGGAAGUUGGCUGCGAUGGAGAGCAAGGUUGCUGACCUAGAGCGUAUUGAGAGAGCCUGGUCCGAAGCUUCGGCGAGAGCGGCGGCCCUAGAGGACACGAUUCGCGUCCUUCAGACCCAGCAGGAGUCGGAAAGGGCGACAGUGACUCUGAGGGAGGCGAGGCUUGAGGAGCGAAUCGGCACGGUCAAUCACGAGGCCUCUGUUCUGGCGGAUCGGGUCGCAGCUUUAGAGGCGAAGAAUCAGCGGUUGAGGGCUCAAGCUGGGCCAUCUCGUGCUGCCGUUCCACACCAAGCUCAUGAGCUCUGGGAAGCAGGAACCGUGACCGAGGCUGCUUAUGAGGAGGAUCGAGCAAAGGCUCGCGAGGCUCGUGCUAACUAUGGGUAUGAUGUUGCGACGCCUGAGGCCGAUAGAGGUGCAUAUAGUGAGGGGGGUGACAACGGAGACGGCGGCGGCGCUGAGUGA